AUGACGGUAUGCACAACUCUUGGGGCAGUAGCCCAGCCUCCUCGGCUAACGAAGAUAUUGGCAGGGACUUACGUCCCUGUGGAUGCUGCCAAACUAUCAAUCAGCACCAUGCAGAGUGCAUUUCCUACAGUGGUUAAAAUUGUGAUACCUUUUGCACCACUUUUUGCUGUUCUAGCUACAUCACUGCUUGCAUGCAGGGGUGGAAGACAAGCAUUGGAGUGGAGAGCGUCAAUUGCUAAACAUUUCAUUGAAGAAUGGGAAUGGCAGUUGUCAAUUUUGCAGCGUCUUCUUUCGUUAUCUGAAUGCCAGUGGCACUGGAAGGAGGCAUUAACUGUAUUACGUCCCGCACCAUCCAAGCUACUUAACCUUUUAUCCUUUGCAUGCAAAGGGCAAAGUAUGACAUUGGGGAAGAUAAAGCUGAGGCCCAGCCAAAGGGAAGAUCUGGAAUUACCAUUAUUUGACUUGGCCGCUGUUGUUUGUGCAACCAAUAACUUUUCAAACAAGAAUAAACUUGGAGAAGGGGUGAUUUCGGAUCAUCCUUUUAAGGUAAAAUCAAAUAUAGUCCUCCCUACAGUUGGCUUGACAGUUUCCACAUGUCGUUUGGGUCAGGACUAUGGAUACAAGUCGUAUAUUGUACGUUCGCAAACUACAGAGUAUGGAUUUUGGUCAUCAUAUGUGGCUAAUGGAUUUCAGGGUACACUGAAAGAUGGACAAGACAUGGCUGUGAAGAGGCUCUCAAAACAUCCUAGACAAGGACUCAAUGAGUUGAAGAAUGAGGUUACACAUAUUGUCAAACUUCAACACAGGAAUAUAGUGAAGCUUCUGGGAUGCUGCAAUCGAGAAGAUGAAAUGAGCUGA